UAGCGUACCUUGAUGAGAUAGGUAGACAUUGUUUCCGUAAUCUACCUUAAUUUAGUAAGUCUAAUUUGUUUCUGUACGUGAAAGUUAAAUUCACGGUUAUAUUCAACUUUAUUAAUGUAUUUCAUUUGAUUAUAUUUGCCCCAGUAUAAUGCACAGAUUCUGUAGUAAUAUUUCAAUAAGUAAUGCCCAAGUAUUUUUUAACCAAUCAACGCUUGCAAGAACACCGCAGCGCCGUUUAAAAGUGUAAACGAGUCUUUUUUCACGCACUGCAUCAAACUAGCAUCUCAGCUGUUAUUCGUAACAAAAAGAAAAACGAAACAAAAUAUAUUUACAUAAUUACCUUCUCUCUCCUUGUCGGUAUGCUUCAUCAUGACGGACAUGGGUUCCACAAAGCGCCGUCUGCAUAAGCUGUAGACAGUUCAGGCUCGCUGUCCAAGGAGGCAGCAGCUUGAAUAAACCGUAUUGCGAAGACACCUCAGCCUGGAGACACCGUGAUCCAGAUCUUGCAGUCUUUCUGAAACCACCGUAGUAACGAACUCUCUGGUGUUUGAGUCGAUUUACCUUCUGAAAGAGCACUUCUAAUGCGCGCCCUGGAGUACAACCUGCUUACACCAGAUGUGCGAGGGUGUUUACCCUCAACUCGGGUCCUUGAUCAAUGAGUAGCUGCUGGUGCUGACAUGUCACAUCUUCGAUGGUCUGAGUCACACACCAUCGGUUCAGCAGCCAAACAUUAUCUUACCUUAAGGUUAAUGAAGUUUUUAGGUGCAUCCAUGAGCAGUAAAAUUGACAAGGAAUCUGAAGACUUUAUGAAGGUACAAGAAGAAUUUCUUAUGAAUGUGUUAAAGGAAAAUGGAGACACAGACUAUGGUAAAGACAUGAGGUUCACAGAAAUGAACUCAAUAAACAAUUUCUGCAAGAUGCAUCCUUUGACAAGAUAUAACCACUUUGAGGCCUAUGUAGAGAAAAUUAAAAAAGGAGAAGAUAAUGUAUUAACUGCAAAGAGGCCACAGAUUCUUGGUGUUACUUCGGGAACAUCAGGCCAGAGUCGCCUUUUGCCAACCACAAAGGACAUUGGGGCAACCUUCUUCUUGAAUGGCAUUGCUGUCAUAUUUGACCGUAUGUUUUCCUGGAAGAAAGAGAUGUUCCAGCUACAACGUGGCUUAAAGAUUUUUUUCACUCCAAAACCCAGAGAAUCAGAAGGUGGAAUUCCUGUUGGCCCGAAUUCCACUAACCCUAAGAACAGUCAAGGCGUUCUUCACAUGUACUCCACACCAUUGCCUGCAUAUAGUAUCAUGACUGAACCAGAAGCACUGUACGUCCAGUUACUGUUUGCGUUAUCUGACAGGAAUUUGGGCAUGGUAGAAGCAAACUUUGCAUCUCUUGUAUAUAAUGCAUUCAAGGCUUUAGAAGUCCAUUGGCCAGCUCUGGUGGAGGAUAUUGAAAAGGGAAGAGUGGAUCCUGACCUGAACAUCCCGAGUGACAUCCGUGAGAAACUCAAUGGCAUUCUCCAAGCCAACCCAACAAGGGCAGAGGAUUUGAAGCGGGAAUUCUCUCAAGGAUUUACAGGCAUUGCUCAAAGAGUUUGGCCGCACUUGAACCUUAUAUUGUGUACAACAACAGGCUCUCAACAGAUCUAUGCUGAUCACCUUAGAAAGCUGUACUGUGCAGGAUCUGACAUAUACUCUCCGUUGUAUGCUGCUACAGAAGGUCUUCUUGGUGUCAAUAUGCAUCCUGAAAGGGAAAAUGCUGUAUAUAACUUAGUUCCAAGGGCAAUGUUUUACGAGUUUAUUCCUAUUGAUGAGUCUUCCAAGGAUCAACCAUCAACCCUUUUGAGUGAUGAGGUGAAAGAGGGAGAAACAUAUGAGCUGGUGGUUACAAAUAAUAGUGGAUUGUACCGUUACCGACUUGGAGAUGUUGUGAAGAUCAACUCAUUUUACAAGAAUGCCCCAGCAGUUGAAUUCAUGUAUCGGCAAGGACAGCUUUUAAAUGUGCGAGGUGAAAAGCUGAGCGAAGAAGCAUUUUAUCGAAGUCUCCAAAGAAUAGCUGGUUCACAGUUAACUGACUACUGCUGUGCAGAGAGUGCUGCAGUCAAGACUUCAAAGGAAACAGUUCCUCAUUAUGUAAUUUUUGUUGAAUAUCAAAAUGGCCAAGUAAUGUCCCAGGACAAAACCUUGGAGCUUGAUGAGGAUCUGCGAAAAGAGCACUUUGUCUACGACUCAUUUCGCACAAAGGGGAGCAUUGCUGUUCCAGAAGUGUACUCGUUGAAGCCUGGCACUUUCUUGGCACUCCGUCAACAUUUACUUCAACACACUGAUGCUACAGCAAAUCAGUUAAAAAUACCUCGAGUUCUAGUCAAAGAAUCAGCUAUUAAGUUUUUGAUGGAAAAUGUUAUCUAAUUAAGUGUAUAGGAGAUUAGAAAAUAAAGUCAGGGAAUGAGUUCAUUAUUAAUAAAUUUUAAAAGGGUCAAGUGCAUACAGCACUGCACAAUUAUUUUCAAUAGAAGUAUAGUAAUUCUUAGAAAUUUUACCAUUAUUAUGUAUUUAGGUAAUAAUUCUCUUUAGAUUAUCUAAAUUUAUAUAUAAUGUACAUAGUGUAUAUUUAUUUAUUUUCAUUACUAAACAAGAAGCCUUAUUAAAUAUGGUUUAUUAUCAUAGAUCUCUGAUCUGUUUUAUCAUUUAUUUUUCCUUGAUAUAAUUGCCAUCUCUCUCUCUCUCCCUGUGAAUGCCAGUGAUCUGGACUGGAUAUAGGUAUCAGCAAAAAAGGGUACAACAGUACCCUGCCUCUCAAAACUUAUUAUUUUAUAUGUGAUACUUUUAUUAUAAUUUUUAUACAACUGGUGAAUCUGUGUUCAUGUGAUUCUGCAUGUGUGAGGGUCAAUAUUUGUAAAUACAGUCCUACUAAUAAUGCAUUAUUCAUGAGAAAAAAGAGUUAUCUUUCAAGACGAUAAUUAUUACAAGUCCUCUUAAUUUUGAUUUAUUUAUUAUCAGGAGAAUGAUGACUUAAUAAACUAUAAAGUUCCUAA